AUGGCCGAUGAAUUCAUCGAACUGGACUCAGCGUGGAGUUGGGUGGUGCUGGCAGCCUGCAUGCUGGGGACGACCGGCAUGGGCAGCUCCUACGUCCUCUUCGGUCUGCUCUACAAGGAUCUCAUCCAGGAGUUCCAGUCUAGCUCGGCAGCUGUCGGAUGGAUCGGCUCCUUGUUCGUUGGCUGUGGAAACAUCAUGGGGCCGAUUUUUGGAUUGGUGUUGGAGAGAUUCGGGUGUCGGGUGGUCUGCAUGUUUGGUUCCUUCAUCUGCUCAGCUGGCUUCUUCCUCUCCUUCUUCGCCGGCAACGUUUUUUACCUCUACAUCAGCUACGGCAUCCUGGCAGGAAUGGGAAUGUGCAUGAUCGUUACGACCUGCUACAUCAACUCCAUGAGACACUUCGGCAGGAAGAGGCCCCUGGCAGGUGCACUCGUCAGUGUCGGCUUCUCCUUCGGUACCGUCCUUAUCGGGCCCGCCAUGGCGUACAUAUUGGAGAUGCAUUCGUGGAGGGGCUCGCUGGUGAUAUUCUCCUGCCUGAUCAUGCAGAUGUUCCCCGCUGCAUACUUCGCUUUCAAACCUCAGUACAGAGUCAGCAACGUGCGGCGGGCCUCACAACUUUCGACCGGCAACCACACUGAUCCCGAAAACUUGCCUCAUAGGAGUCAAGAAGGAACUGCACAGGAACGUGAUGGCAGGAACAUCGAAAUGGACUUGUAUUCCCUUUCAGACCUCGCCACAACAGAUGCUACUUACACAGUUAACGACCAAACGAACAAGGCUAGCGACACCACACAUGAACCCAUGAGAAAAGCGAAAUCGUCAAUAAAUAUAAAUUUGCCAAACAGUUUAAAAAACGAACAAUCGGGCACUAUCGAUUCCAACGAAAUAUGGUUUAAAAAAUGCCAGAGCCUCAACAACAUCCGCGCAAGCAGCCCUCUAACAAUUUUCGACGUCGCUAAGAACUGCACUUAUUCUUGCAACAUAGUAACAAAUCUAGACAAAAAACUUUUCGAACAUGAUGCACUUGAAACCUGCAACCUCGCGGCCAUUGACAGCAACCAGUUCAAGAAAGAAUCCUUCAGGGAAAUACUUUCCGAUGCCACUGUAAUGUUCUACUUGCUGGGCUUGUUGUUCAUGUACGUUGGAGUUCAGGUGUAUUUGAAUCACUUUCCGAGCAGGGCACUUGCUUUCGGGGUCGAUAGAGGGCUGGUCAACUAUCUGCCCACCACUUACGGAGCUGUUGCCGGCUUCACAAAAAUUAUGAGCGGAUUUCUAGUAAACAGACCAAACGCGAACAGACUUCUCAUUUUUUCACUUGCAGUGCUGGGUUUCGGAGCUUCACUUCUUCUCCUACCAUUUUACACCACGUAUCCUCUGAUGCAGCUGCAUGGUUCUCAGUGCGGUUUGUUCACCGGUUUCAUAUUCAGCAUGUACCAGACGCUGAUGGUGGAUCUGAAGGGGGUUUCAAACGUCACGAAGACAACUCCGAUGGCGAACUUCUGUUUCGGAGUGGCCAGUGUCAUCGGCACACCAGCCGCAGGCUUCCUAUACGACCAGACGAACGACUACAACGUCACCUUCCUGACCACAGGCGGCAUAGUUCUCGUGGGAAGUCUCUGGUGCUUCGUGGCUCUGUUCGUCGACGCUAGAAAGAAGAAAAAAAUUAAAAAUUCUGUUGAAUGUUGA